UCACAGCCUCUAGCUGGUUUUUACUCAACUCCUGUCCUGAUAUCACUCCGCUGGCAUGGUGGAGAAGCGGACCUGAUUAUUGUGAUGGUGGCAGGCGGCAGCCAGUGACUACAGACUUCCGCCACUGCUUCCCAUAUCCGCGUUUUGUGCCGUCUGGGCUACUCUCGUUGCCUCACAACCGGACUACCGAGGGCGCUUGUGCUCUUUCCCGUACCUCAACAACAUCUUCACCGGGAUUUCUUUCAAACCAAAACCAUAUGAGAUGCAAGUUCACUGGGAAACUCCGGAGCCCGUUCGGUUCAGGCAGCAAAACUUUUUCUCAAAGGACGACACCGUAAAACGGCGAGUGGACUGUUGCUGCUGCUGCCACUGCUGCCCCUCAGUGGGACGGUUUGUGUGUAUAUGACCGUAGAGUUCAUGCUAACGUUCAUACCUAUACGGUAUUGUUUUGUUUUUUUCAGCGGGGUUGUUGUUAGCAGCGUGGCAGCGGCUUUAUUGUUUAAUUCAGUUUGGGGCUUGCUCGGUCUUACUCUAGGCUGGGUGUAAUUUGUGUUUUCGGGAGCGGUUUGUUUGGAAACAGUGCCGAGGAGGGAAGAAGAAACGUUCAUUUGAGACCCCUUAACCAUAUGACAACUAGGCUCGAAGCCCUUUAAACCUCCCCGUUUGUUGCUCGCUUCCGCGGCUGUUUUUGGUCGUACAUUCCGUCCGCUGUCCGGCUGCUUGGGACCCUUCGCCGGAGAGGACCGAGAGGGAGAGGACACUAGGUGGUGGAGGUGGAGGUGGCCGGGGGAGGAGGUGGCGGUGGUGGCGGUGAGCUUGACGGGGAGAAAAGUUCUUCCAAAAUAGCAGCCACUCGGCCUAGUGAUGGGGGACUUCGCCUCCCCCGCUGCCGGUCCCAACGGCAGUAUCUGCAUCAACAACAGCAUGAACCCGGCCGCCGGGAGCGUGGUGGCCGCCGGGGCGGUGGGCAUACCUAAGCACAGCACGGUCGUGGAGAGGCUGAGGCAGCGGAUAGAGGGCUGCCGGAGACACCACGUAAACUGCGAGAACAGGUACCAGCAAGCGCACGCCGAGCAGCUGGAGAUAGAGCGGAGGGAGACGGUCAGCCUGUACCAGCGGAGUCUGGAGCAGAGGGCCAAGAAGUCGUCCGGCGGCAGCAGCAAGCAGCCGCAGAGCAAGCAACCGGACCCGGACUCUGCCUCCUCGACCGAACAGAGGAAUAACACGCUAAUAGCGCUCCAGGAGACUGUAAAGAGGAAACUGGACAGUGCACGGUCGCCCCUCAAUGGAGAACAGAACGGCAUCUGCGACGGAGGCAGCUACUCGCCGACUACCAAACGGGUACGGAAGGAGGGCCCCGGUGGUUUGGACUCACUCACGGGUCUCCCUAACAACAACAAUAACAACAAUGUCCCACCCAUCUCUCCACUGCAUCACCAAAUGGACAUUAAGCCCUUGCUUGGAGGGCCCAACACUUCCACCGGAAAAAACACUACAAACAGCAACGGCAACCAUGUAGGCCAGACGUCAGACGAGCUAGGGAAGAACGGCAGCAACCAUCUCCAGGACAUGAAGCUGAACGGCUCGCUGGACCUGGAAGACAGCUUCGGCCUCCUCAAAGACCUGAAACAGGAGCCGCUGGACGACGGGGGCGGGAUGGAGUCCUCCGAUCCCCAGUCUCUGUCCAAUCAGAACAAACUGUUCUCGGACAUCAACCUCAACGACCAAGAGUGGCAGGAGCUGAUCGACGAGCUGGCCAACACUGUGCCAGAGGACGACAUGCACGACCUCUUCAACGAGGACUUUGAGGACAAGAAAGAGGCGGAGUUCGGCCGGCCGGGAAACAAUCAGACACCAGGCCCGCAAGAAGCAGCCGGGAACACGACGGGGGCGCCGGCAGCAGCCCUGCCUCCUCCUCCUCAGCCUCCACAGGGAGGCCCACAGGUUCCCAUGGGCUCUCCGCAGGUCCGACCAUCUUCGUCAGGCCCGCAGUUUGCCACCACUGCCAAUGGAACGCCUCCUCAGCAACCUUUGCAGCAGUCUCCAGCCGUUGCCAUGGCAUCGGGUUCCCCGUUGCACAACUGUGUGGCUCGCUCCCCUCAGACCCCAACCCAGGCUCAGACGCAAGCAGUCUCUAGGCCUGGGAAUGGAUACAUGAUGAACCCAGGCCCUGGGGUCAGUCAGGCGGGCACAGGACCCGGAGCGGCUGGAGUCGCCCCUGGAGGUCAGCCUGUGGGGCCAGUGACGCCAGAACUUUCUCCAGCAGAGCAGCUCAAAGCAAUGGCUCAGCAACGGGCUAAACUGCUGCAGCAAAAGCAGCAGCAACAAGCAGCCAACUGGUCCCCUGCAGGUGCUCCAACCAGUCCCUAUAACUCUGGUCCCUUUAACCAAGACAAACCCAACAGCCCCAUGAUGUACCCACCGCAAGCCUUUAACACGCCACAGGGCCCUCUAGUGACUGGGAUGGCCCCCAACAAUGGGCCCAAAGCCCCCAUGAACAACUACCUCCCUCACAACCACAUGGGCAUGAUGGGCCAGCAGCAGCCAAACAGCAUCAACCAGAACGCCCUGUCCAAACAGCAGCAGCAACAGCAGCAGCAAACGGCGGCCAUGUUGUCCUAUAACAACACCAAACCGCUGAGUCACUUCAGCGGCAGCGGGGUCGAUCACCUAGGCCAGAGGAUGACUCCUCCCAUGGGAGGGAACAAUCAGGUCAAGAACCCCAUGAUGCCUCCCUACAUGGGUGGUGCGGGAGGCGGUGGCCAGGGGGCGGGGCCAGGGCAGACCCAGGGGCCGAUCCCGGGACAGACAGCCCACCUGAGUGAGGAGCAGAAGAGGAUGUUGCUGAUGAAGCAGAAAGUGUUGAACCAGAACAUGCCCUACAGCACCAUGCAGCCCCACGGACAGGAACAAGGUGUGGUGGGAAUGUCACGGCCACCGGGCGCCAUCCCGCCUCCUCACCCUGCUGGGGGCGUGGCCUCAGGGGUGGGGCCCAACCAGGGGUCAGGACCACCUCCGGGCUACGUGGGCAACCAGCAGCAGGCGGCCAUGAUGAAACAGAUUAUGGCGAUGGAGCAGGAGAAGAGGGUGCAGAUGCACAUGAUGGAGCAGCAGAAACAGCAGCUCUUCAGAGAGCAGAGACAGCAGCAGCAGCAGCAGCAGCAACUUCUGGCCGAGCAGCUCCAACAGCAGCAGCAUCUCCCCAGACAGCUGGGCCAAGGCCAGAGGAAUCCAUACCCCCAAGUCAAUCAGUACCAAGGCCCUCCUCAGGACUUGGCAUCCAGAAGCCAGGCUCUCCAGAACAUCCGGGCUGCCCGUCUCCUACAACAGCAGCAGCAGAACCAGCAGCAGAUGGUCCAGAUGAGUUCUGUACAGGGCCAAGGGGGCUCCGUGGGACCCCAAACUGACAUGGGCUUACCCUACGGCAACCAGGGGUCCAACCAGGGUUCCCUGUACAGCCUCAACCCCUCCAUGAGCCAAAUGAUCCACCAGCAGCAGCACCAGAGCCAAAGUGUCCAAGCCUCCAUGGGUCUUCCACCGCAGCACAACCCCGCCGGAGGGCCGCCCCGGCAGGCAGGUGCAGGUCCUGGGGUCGGGGGUAUGCCCGGAGUCCCCGGAGGUGCUGGAGCUGGAGGGUAUGGCGGACAGGGGAUGUUAAUGAACUCCAUGAGCCAGCAACCCCUCAAAGGCCCUCCCAACGCCAAAGCCCAAGCGCAGAGACUACAAAGCAUGCUGGGAGCAGGAGGAGGAGGCGGGGGAAUGGCGGCGGGUGGCUGGCCGCAGCAGCAAGGACAGAGUCUGCAGGCCAUGGGGGGAGGAGUCGGAAGGACUACAGGAGGAGGGGGAGGAGACAUGGUGGGGUUCAGCUCCAGCCAGGGUUAUGGGAUGCAGCCGGGUCAACCCCCGCGCAUGGCCAAGCAACACUUUCAGGGUCCGGGCCAGGGGAUGAGCCAGGGAAUGGACCCCAGAGUGGGCAACCCAGCAGCCGGUAUGGGCGGCCCAAUGAUGGGCCCUCACAUGGGCGCUCAGCCCAGGACCAACCAGCCCCGGCCCAUGGUCAUAAACCAGGGGAUGAACCAGGGGGUGAUGGGCCAGGGGAUGACUGGGAUGGGGGGGUUUGGGCCGGGCCCUGGGGGGCCUGGAAUAGGGGCAGGGGGAGGAGGAGGUGGACCCUAUGGACCAGGGGGAGUCGGGGUUGGAGGUCAGCCACCGGGCUACCAGAGGACAGCCAAUCAGGACAUGUCAUCCUAUGGAUAUGGGGGCGGGCCCUCAGGGGGAGGAGCCUUCGGAAUGGGCGAUGGCUCAGGGGCAGAGCUGGACUCAAACGAUGGUUGGAUGGAGGAGUUUUUCCCGAGCCAAUAGCCAACGGGGAAACUGGAGAUGAGUUUUUACUGGAUGAACUAAACAUUAAAGUAGGACAAAUGUUCAAACCUGAGAAAGUAAAACAAAAAGGAUGACAUGAUGUGGACUGGCAUGUUUUUGUUUUGUAAAACAUGAGCAAGGUUAUAAAUGAGUUCCUGUGUUAUGUUUUGUCUGUGUGUGUGUGUGUGUGUGUGUGUGUGUGUGUGUGUGUGUCUGUGUCUGUCUGUGUGCGUGUGAGAUGGAGAGAGCGAUCAUUAUGUCUCGUGCAUAUUAAUGAAAAACCAAUAUAGAGAUUAAGAGGUGUGUUUCAUUAGUUUCCCUCUUUCUCCACGGAAUGAAUUUUUCUCAUGUUCCAGUGUUUGAAAGCGAGCCCCGUUUACACAACAGCGCUUUUGAGCCCGAGCUUCAGCAGGGGCUGAUUGAACACCGCAGACUGAUGAAGGGGAAGGAAGACUUGUUCUCUAGACAGCAAUUUAUUUGUGUUUGUGUGUUUGUGCCACCCGGCUCACUGCUUUAGAUCUCUCAACUGUGUGAGGAGCUGAAGGGAGUAGAAAGCACUCUCAGCGCUCCCAUUUCCUGUCUUAGAUUUGUGCCCACCCCAUAUACGCACACACACACACACACACACACACACAAAUCUGUUGCCUUCGCACAAUUACUUUGUUCUCUUCACUUCUCUCUCUCUCUCUCUCUCUCUCUCUCUCUCUCUCUCUCUCUCAUCCUCCUUCCCUCUCUCCUCCCGCCUUUCCCACCCUCUCUCCAGAGUGUCGUUGCACACUCUCAGCGCUCCUUUCUCUGUUUAAAUUGUGAACAUCACAACAGAACAAAUAAUGUCUCUCUAUUGUGCCACACAAGCGCACUAUGCCCUCUAGUGCUAGUGCUUUUGCUAGGCAACGGACCUGAGUGGCGUUUUUUUUUUUUUUUUUUUUUUUUUGGCGGGGGGCUUCAUUUCCUGUGCGUGGCUGUUGAUGACGGGUAUGCAUGCAGAGGAAGACAAAGAGAGUGAAAAGCAGAGAAAGAGGGAGAGAAUAGGCAGCUAAAGGAAGCACUUGGACUCAAAGGACUCACACACACACACACACACACACACACACACACACAAACCAACAAACAGACAAACAAGCAUCAGCCUGGGAGGAUGAGCGGAUGUGUGCGAGGCAGCUAACGGAGCUAAUUCCAUUAAACCGUCUGCCUGUGUGACACAAACCACAUCGCAUACAUCAGGCUGACACAAGGCAAACCGAUCGCUGGGCACUGAAUGUAUUCAAGCACCACAAGUGACUUCUACUUUUUAAGAAAAAAAAGAGAGAAAAAGAAAAGCUCAUGGAAAGCCCACCCACAUGUUUUGUUUGUUGCUGUGUUUAAUGUCCAACAAUGAUGCUGGUUUGUGUCAAAAAAAAAAAAAAAAAAAAACAAAAAAAAAAAAAAAAAAAGCAAAAAAGUUAGCCUUCUUUUAGUUUGUGUUGUCUUUAGAAAAUCUGGUUUGUCCUCCCGUCGCAGCACAGCCUUCCCUCCCUCCCAUCAUUGGGACACAGCUGGUUGUCAAUCACCGUGGCCCCGCCCUGCUUUACACCGUGGCUUCUCUUGUACCGCAGCUAGAAAACGCCCUCGCUCCCAACUAGAACAUAACUGUGCUAUACUGUAACACUACUGUGAAGAAAUACAAGUUGCCCCCCUCCGCCCCCUUCCAGCGCUUCACAAAAAAUGAACCUACUGCCUGCUAAGCCUUGAGUUUGUUUUAUAGACGGUAGAGAAACUUCAGACAGCUGAUUGGCUUCAAAGAAUGACGACGGUUAACGCCAGUAAGCAUCAAAACGAUCAGUGCUUCCACUGAAGUCAGCGUCUCCCCUUCUCUGAGCUUUCUUCAUUUCAUUCAUCGGCAACAAGCUGUCCACUCUUUUGCCCCAACGGUUGAGUGAUAAAUAUGUAUCGAAGUAGGUUUGAAUACAGUAGCUAGUCCUUGGAAAGAAAACACCUUCCUUCUCUAACUGUUUUUUUUUUUUUUUGUGAUCUCGCUUCAAAAGACGAAUGAAAGCGUGUUUGUACUCACAUCGCUUUGUAUUUAGCUCAUCAGAGUGAAAGUUUGGAGGAUGCCGCUGUAAUCAACAAACCAAAAAAGCCUUUCUUCUCUGUAAACUAACUCCUUGGCAUCAACACACGUGUUCUCCUAGCUGUUGAUGUUGUAUAAUGCAACCCCUUUAAAUACAAACUUUUACCGCCACGCCCAUCGCCCAUCGUCCGUCCUGUAAGCAAAAUGAGGUUCUGUACUUUUGACUUUUGUCAUGUUUGUGAAGCAGAAGUUCUCUGUGUGGAGUCUAACGGGCCAACAGCAGGCAGAUGUUUUUUCGGGUUGUAGUGUUCCCCAGUUUUAUCGGGGGGGGGGGAUUGAAUAAAGAAAAACCCCUGUACUGUGUCGGUGUCAAGAUUACAGAAGCUCAGUGCAUUCACGAGUUUAAAAAAAAAAAUCACGAUAGUUAUCUCUUAAUUACGAGAUAAUAGGUCAUAAUUAUGAGAUACUAUCUAUAUAGAUACUAUCUAGAUAACGUGAUUUUUUUUUUUUUUUAACUCGUGAAUGCAAUGAGCUUCCGUACAAGAUAAACUCUUGGAUAGUUUGAGCCUUCCUUGUGCAGGAAAUGCAUUUGCCGCUUCUGUGGCUCCGCUGCUCCAUGCUUUCCAACCUUUGACUACCGCUCCAGUACGAUGUCAGUGUCCAGAGCGGUGAAACGGAGGCGGUGUGUAGGAAAACACCUAAGGUUUACCACUCCAAAGUAGAGGCAGGAAGUUAAGAGGAAACACUUCUGGGUCAGUGUUAUGGUCACAGCCUCUGUGACCGUUUUUGUCUUCUUCAAAAUAAAAGUCUAUGAUAUGGUUUUAAAAUCCCUUCAGGAAGAGAAACGGAAGCUUCCUCCAAAUAUCAUUACGUACCGGGACCAAGUCUGUAGACAACAUUUUAACAAAAAAAUUGUUGUUGUUGAUGUUCUAUGUUUUAUUUUAUUUGUUUUGUUUUUUGUUUUUUUUUUACUGGUGCUGACAUAUAUGUGAUUAUGAGAAAAAAGUAUAUAAAAGAUAAUGGCUAUUUGUAAAUAUGUUUUUACAGGUUUAAAUACAUCAGAUAAUACAGUCUCUACUCUGUAAAGAAUUUACUGUUUGUUGGAAAAAUAGAGAAGUAUUUUUAUUUUGAAGUUUUUUGGUUUCACGUUUAACCCAUCUGAGCUAUGCCAUUGCACUUCAGACAAUGUCUUACUACUAAUUUGUAUUGUAAACCUCCUCUCCUUUUUGGAUUUUUUUUUUUUCGUUUGUUUUUUUUCUAGUUUGAGAUUUGACUCUGUUCUUAAGCAGUGCUUAUUUCUUUUUAUUCUGUACAGAAUUCUGAAAUGUUAACAAAAGAGAAUUACAAAAGACCUUUUUUUUUUUUUUUUGGUUUGUUUUUAAAAAAGAUACAAUAAAGAGAGAAUGUUCUCGCUGAUCAUAUUAAA